AUGAGCAAAAACACCAUAGCCUGUAACGGUGAGCUUCAGAGGGGGGAUUCCCUUGUGUCCAACAACGGGAACUUCAAGGCCGUCUUUCAGGAGGACAACAACUUUGUCAUCUACGGCUGGAGUCCAAUCUGGUCCUCCAACACUUACCAGAAAGGAGGUAACCGCCUGGUCAUGCAAGAAGACUGCAACCUGGUCAUGUAUAAGGGAACAAGCAACGUCUGCAAUGCUGUUUGGGCCUCAGGAAGCAACCGUGCUGACCAUCGCACACGGGUCCAUGCACGUCUUCAGGACGACGGAACCCUGGUGGUGAAGGACAAUGACACCAUUAUGUGGAGGUCGAAAUAG